UCAAUUGUUUCUCAGCGCUUACCAUAUAUGCAUUAUUUACUAUACACUAUGGAAGACUGCGUUACAUUGUAGCGAAGUAGUGCUGAGGAAGACUUGCUCAGGGCACCUGGCCGCUGGCUGGGAGGCGCGCGUGCGCGCUCAAGUUGUUUUGCACAAGAAAAGUUGGCCCUUUCUAUCCCAGGAAUCGGGCGUUUGACGGUCAGCUACACCCAUCUUGCCAUCGCACCACACCCACGUAUUCCCUGAUUGGCUGUAUUGUUAUGUUGUUCUCUGAGACGUCGCCCAUCAAAUGUAGGGUAUAUAAGCUGCGGUGUUCGAUCACUUUUAUAAUGUAUCAAACUUCCAGCGUCUUCGGAGUUGUGUCUCUUGCCUCCUGCUGUUGGCUCGUGCAGACAGGUUCUGUUGCUUGUUACAUUUUUGCACGGAUAUACUUUCUUGGUGUCUCUCGGCAGUGGACUUUUAGCACUUUCUUGUUCUGGUCCUGGUGUUCUGGCUGUAUUUUGCAACUCUGCUAGUCUAGCAACACAAAGAAUAGAAACAUGAUCUUUGACAAGGUGAAGAAGUUCCUUGUCAACUUAGACUCUCCCGAUGUAGAUACCCCACCGGUGUUCAGCAGUGGGGACACUGUCACUGGAAAGGUGUAUUUGGAGCUGCUGGCAGAUGCUAAGGUGGGAUCGGUGAAGCUACAUGCAGGGGGCUAUGCUAAGGUCCAUUGGACAGAGUCUCGGAGUGCAGGCUCCAGUACAGCUUACACCCAGAAUUACAGUGAUGAAGUGGAAUACAUCAAUCACAAAGAGACCCUACUGCACACAGAUUAUGGCACGCCUAUAAUCUUACCAGCAGGAAGGCAUGCAUUUCCUUUCACCUUCCAAUUGCCUGCUACUCUAGUGACGUCUUUCGAAGGCAAGCAUGGUAAUGUCCGCUAUUGGGUCAAAGCCAAGCUACAUCGUCCAUGGUCCACAGUAAAGAAAACUAAAAAGGAAUUUACUGUUAUUGAACCUAUCGACAUUAACACUCCAGAUUUGCUGUCUCCACAGGCAGGCUCCAAAGAAAAGGUUGCACAUGCCUGGUACUGCAAUCUAGGACCAGUAUCCAUCACUGCAAAAAUUGACAGAAAGGGCUACACUCCAGGUGAAGUCAUACCAAUUUUUGCUGAGAUUGAUAACUGUACCACUCGAAGUGUUGUACCCAAAGCAGCUAUCAUUCAGUCUCAGACGUUUAUUGCACGUGGCACCAUGAAGCAGAAAAAAUGUAUAGUGGCCACAUUAACUGGAGACUCUGUGUCUGCAGGAAAACGGGAGACCUGGCAUGGUCGUGCUCUGAAAAUUCCUCCACUUGGACCCUCAAUUAUUCAGUGUCGCAUUAUUCGUGUGGAAUAUUCUUUGAAGGUUUGUGUGGAAAUUCCAGGCUCCUCAAAACUACUUCUGGAGUUGCCAUUGGUAAUCGGAACCAUUCCCCUUCAUCCAUUUGGUAGCAGAACUUCAAGUGUAGGCAGCGAGUACAGUGUUAAUCUGGAUUGGCUGCGUAUGACUAUUCCAGAACAACCUGAGCCUCCACCUGAAUAUUCCUCCUUGGUUUCUGAAGAGGAAGUUGUGAAUAGUUUAACUCCUCCACGUCGUGCUAGUAUGGGCUGUAUCUUGGAAGGACCAUUCUAUGCCUACAUCCAGGAGUUCAGGAAUCGUCCACCUCCUCUUUAUUCAGAGGUGGAUCCUAACCCUGCUGCUGCAGACAUCCGACCUCGUUGCAUGACCUGCUGAAGGAGAACAGUCAGAGAAACUGAUAUCGAUCUACAUAUUCACCUAAAGCAGUUGGAUCUUGCAUGGACUGAAACUGAAAUGCUGUUCCACAACAAAGAACUGGGUUGCAUAGUUCUGUUUGAACCAAGAGCUGAACCAGAAUGGGGGAAGGACUGUCGUCGUUUUUUUUUUUUUUUUGUUUUCUUUUUUUCCUCCUCUAAGUGAAAUGGAGCAAGUUCAUCUGUGGCUGACUCAGCGCGGAGAAAAGAUGAUCUUGCUCAGUCCCCAGAUGAGAAUGGGUUGCUGGGGAACACUGAAAGUGGAUGACUAAUAACCACAAUUUAGCCUUUUUGUGGUCAGUAGAGCACAUUGCUUUGGUGACCUAAUUUGUCAUACUUACGAUCUAUUUAGUUUUUAUGUUUAUUGAUCACUAUUGCCUAAAUGUGAGGCCAUGUUUUCCGAUUGAAAGAAAUUGAACCUUUGAUAGCAGGUUGUAAGCAUGAGUGAUUUAGAAAUGAAGAAUACUUUUAAACACAGCAAAACAAUGUUUCUAUGUAAUGGUUUAACCAUUAAACAUUUGCUGCAGCAGACCAAAUUGUGUUUGCAUUUGUACUGCAUUGUUUAGUAAAUCUGUGACUUACUGCCUCAGGUGGUGCUUAACAAAAAAAGCGAUAAUUAUAAUAAAAGGUUUAAAUCUUACUUCCCAAAUUAAAGUACAUCGUGGUGUCUGUUUUCUUAAUCUUGUCUAUGGCUGGACAGUUGCAGUAAGGAUAUAAACCACUUCUGCUUUGUAUCCCUUAUGGUAGGAUGAGAUUUUCUUUCAAUCUUUUGUUAAGCAAAGUGUGAUUGUAUGUAGAAAAUCUAUAUUGCAGAAAUGAGAAUUCAAUUUGGAAAUUGCAAAAUAAGCCCCCCUCAUGCCUUCAUUUGCCAUGUUUGUCUUUAACCCCUUAAG